AUGAGCGCACAUUUUCAGCCAACCCCAACUCCCCCAGGGCAAUGGGUGCCUGGCUCAUGGGGCACAUCCGGUAGUGCAUUGACUCCACAGGCCCCACCAGCAGACCCAUCAGUUGCCUCUUGGCAGUCUCAGCCGGGGCCACACCCGGCGAUCACCGGUGCGGCAUGGAUGCAGCAUCAACAGGGAAAGGGCCAGUAUGCGAUGACUCCGCAAGGUCUUGUUUCGGGCUCUCCAUUUGGUGCUCUGUCGUGGGAACAAGCUCCUUCGCAAGGUUCUGCGGACACGUUUUCUGCAGAGUAUGCCGGCAAGGGUGUGCCCGCACACCACUUUCAAUCAGCUCCUCCAGGCGCAUGGCAGCCUGAAGGUGUUCCGGAUGCUCACCGCAGACGUCGACACCGUUCUCGCUCCCCUCGCAGAUCAACUAGUACUGAUGUCCUGCAAGCUCUACAACGGGGAGGCGUGAACUUGUUCCGGGAAGUCUUCCAUCAAUUACCGCAGGAAUUCCGAGCAGUGACCCUUGAGGCUCCACCGGGUUUGGUCGUCGACACGCAAAGCAUCACCAACCAAGAGGAUCGUAUGUCCAUGUGCAGGAGGCUGAACGACCUCCGCAGGGAGCGACUGGCUCCCCUUGCAUCUCCAGCGUCGGCGCCAUUCUAUCAGGAGGAUGGCUUCAAAUGUGUACCUAUGAGUCGUCAAACUGAGAAGCACUUUUGGGACCUGUUCCAUCAUCAUAGGCUCCCCGUGGCCACCACUGAUGCUUCCAGAUGGAAAGCUGUCUUGAAGCAUGUUGACCAAUGCCCUGAGAAGCCUAAGAGCACCCCAACCUCCAGGGACGUGGAGUGGGCUUCCGCUGACUUGCAAGAUGGACAUGCAGCUACUGUGAAUUCCCCUCCGCGGACCGCGCGCCAGCAGACUUCGAGUUUCCAGGCCUUGCAGGAUCUGGCUGCGGGCUCUCCUCUCAAGCCCGGUCUCCCACUCGCUGGUGAGGAGGACUACGCGACAUGGGUCAAAGGCCGUGUUGAUGUUGAUACGGCCAACCUGUCCUGGACCUCGCUGGAGCUGGACACCAAAGCCCACAAGUUCUCUAAAAAGAUGUCUGCGGAGAAGGCCUUGAAGUCCUUGCCGCCGCUCGAGGCUAUGGGCGAAUUAUUCACCGUGGUAUACAAGAUCUAUCUCCGGAAGCUUGAGAAGCUGCGUACCAAUUUGAAUACGCGUUCCAAGGAAGGUAAGGCUCUCAAAAAACUUUGUGACGACCUGAACGUGGAGAGUGAUUCGUCAUUUCCUGACCUAGUUGCGAGGCUGCGUGCAUCGGAGAUUAUGCACAAGCCUUUGAGGGAUGACUGGAAGGCUGGCCUGCGUCUCACUGCUGCUGCUCUUUGUGGGCACCGUUUUCCGGGAUGGCAACAAGCAGCUAAGUCUGCAUGGGCGCUCAGCCCGGGAGCUUGGGCCUUUGUGGCCAACCACAUUGAUCGUACAGUUCAAGGUUUCCGUCGACGGCGGGGGCUGAACAUGCUGCGUAAGAUAGCUGUUCGGCGGCGUGAUCUUUGUUUUCCGAUUUCAAUCGUCAGUUUUUCCAUACCGUGGCUUGGGUCUGAGCGUGCGCGGCAGGUGGUACUGCGAACCUUGCGCCGACUCAUUUCUUCAUGGCGUUCGAAGGGGUGCUGGGUCCCUAUCUUGCGUCAUGCGAAAUGCUUUGUCACUUGGUCUUCCACUCCGAAAGUGAAGGACCUCCUUUCGAAUUCGCGUUCCAUGAACGACUGGCUAGCUGAAAAAUCAUGUCCUGCCUGCCGCUGUGCGGAGCUCCGGCAAGCUGAUCCUUCAUGGCCCACUGUAGUGGUUGAUGGCACACCGCAUGUUGCCGCCUCACAGGGCACCGUCCCAUGGCCUGAGAGUCUGCAACACCUUGCACGGUGGCCAGCUAGUUUUGCCUUACCUCCCACUUGGGAUGAUCUUGCUUCGGCGGUUCGCGAGGCCUUCCGAGGUCUCCGUAGGCGCUGUCGUAUUCCUCAAGAUGACCCCUGUACUGACAGGGUUAUCGUUGAAUGUACAGCGGAACUAUGGUCGCUUUUCUCUUCUGGGAUUGGUGGUGCCACACCCAUCUCGCAUGGAGAUAUCCAAGCUGCAAAGACGUGGCUUCGGGGCAUGUUUGUGACUGUUUUUGACCACAACCUUUCCUGUCUGGCCAUCACGUGUCAAAAAUUGGCAUAUGAGCAGGCCUGUAAGCUGCUUGAUCUUUCAGGCCCGCUGCCGGAACCCAACAUUGUGUGGGAACAAGCUGAUACCAAGGCGCUGCAGGAUGCCAUUGUACAGAUGGCGGUUGUUCCCGGUUUGAAGGAUGAGUUCCUGAUGCCGAACAAAUUCACAAAGGUUCCCAAGCAUCAAUGGCAGCUCGGAACUGUGGCUGUUCUUCCCAAAUGGAAAUCGCCUGGACUUCGCUGGCGGUUGAUCAUACAGAAACACGCCACACCGUGUUGUUUGCUGCAUUCCGUCAUCUCCAGGGCUCUGGAUGUUUUGUUGGACCGAUUCCCGUAUCAUCUUUGGUCGGAUUUCAUGUCAAUACAGGAUGUUGUUGACAUGGUCCAUGAUUUUAAUGUACAGUCCAGACAACUGGGGUACGACUCCGGAUACACUGUUGCAGGGGACAUGAAGGACUGUUUUCGGCACCUGCCCUGUCCAGACGGUGCGCUCAUGUGGACGGCUCUCUCGGCGUGGUGGCGGGAUCAGCACGUUCAGGGUGUAAGCAUCCUUCGAAAGAGCGCUGACGGCAAAGGGUGCUUGGGCAUGUGUACAGAUCCCGGCUGGAUUUACUGCUCAUUUGAUUCCAUCGGAGCAGUUGUGCAGCAUUUUUCGAUGACGAACUUUAUCCAUGUAGAAGGUUCUCUGGGACGUGAGUUGCAGGGGGUGCCUCAAGGGGACGCUUUGAGCUCGGCAUUUCUUCGCCUCUGGAAAUGGUACCGAGAGUUUGUCCUCAGGCACGGCUCAUCUGCUCUCCCCAACUGUAUCGCUUUCCCUGAAACGCGACGCAAACUUUUGCACCUCAAAACCACCAAUUGUUUGUUGCUUGACGUCUCCUACAGGGAUGACUUGCGCAUGUUUUUUGCGUGGAGGUCGAGUUCUCCUCUGUCGCGCAGUUUCUUGUACAACUGGGCAUGGCAGCAAUUUGAUAGACGAUUUCAGGCUGGCACCAUGCGCUUGGAAGGCAGCGAGCCAGAAGUGUUUGUUGGCCUUGCUUGCUCAUGGAGGGGUGGCCAAAUGUUUGUAAAACCGUCUUACCCUGAUCCGUUUGCUGCUUUUUGCUAUGACAGGGUGGACUCUUUUCCACUUGUUCCUUGGUGCUCUUGGAUGCCGCCGCAACAGAAGAAGAACGCUGUAAGGGGAUUGCUUUGCCGUGCUUUCUACCAGUCUUCGGACAGAUCUGGGCGUCAUGAUGCCUUCUGGGACGUCUUAACCUCCCUAGUCCUAAGGGCUGGGUACCCACUGAGGUUUGUGCAGCAACAUGCUCGGAAAUGGGCUUUAACAUGGGUCCCUCAGGGGCAAAGAUGCGUUGACCCGUUAGUUUGCACGGACAUUGAUGCCUGUUUUUCGCGUCUGGAGAGUCUCAACAUGUCAUUUGCGUGA